AUGGGACAACUGACGUCAUCAACGCCGAAGAUUACAGCCCAAGACAAGGCAAUCUUCCAAUUGAAACAACAAAGAGAUAACAUAAAAAAAUAUCAACGUAAAUUACAAACUGUAAUUGAUCGACAAUCUGAAUUAGCAAGACAAGCCGUACAAAAUAAACAACCAGAAAGAGCGAAAUUUUAUCUUAGAUCCAAGAAACAACAACAAUCGACGAUUAUUAAGACUUGCGAUCAAUUAGAUAAUUUAGAAAAUUUGAUUGGAACAAUUGAAUUUAAAUUGAUUGAAAAAGAUGUGAUUUAUGGAUUAACUGAAGGAAAUAAGGUGUUGACGAAAUUAAAUAAUGAAAUGAGUGUGGAGAAGAUAGAUAAGAUUAUAGAUCAAGUUGAAGAAGAAAAAUUGAGGGUGGAUGAAAUUAGUGAAGCCUUGGGAAUGGGUAGUGGGUUGACGAAAGUGGAGGAAACUGAGGUUGAUGAAGAGUUUGAAAGAAUGAAUCAAGAGAUUAAUGGUAAACAACCAGAAGAAAUCAAGAUGCCUGAUGUUCCCGAACAGAAGUUGCCGGAUGUACCUACAGACAAGAUAGAGGAAGGAAGAGAAGAAGAGGAAGAGAUUCCUGCCCAAAAGGCGAAAACACACGAACCAAUACCAAUAUAG